AUACUACCUAAAUCUCCAUUCAGAGUGCAUCUGGUGCCCGGCAACUGUUAAAACACAUUGACCCUAAGCUGGGGGAACCAAUGGAAGAGAAAGAUUAUGGAGGAAACUGUCGCUUGUAUGAUCAUGAAAGCCCAGAAGAUCCAUAUCAUAACAUAUGGGACAAGCUAGAUCUAUUUGUGCCACUACAUUUCUUUGGGUGGUGGAUGAAGACACUGUUGCUGCGUGACUGGUGGCUGUGCUGGGUUAUCUCAGUCAUGUUUGAGAUCCUGGAGUACACACUAGAACACCAGUUACCUAACUUCUCCGAGUGCUGGUGGGAUCAUUGGAUAAUGGAUGCCCUAUUGUGUAAUGGUCUGGGUAUCUACUGUGGGCUUCAGUCCCUAAAGUAUUUCUCCAUGAAGACUUACCAUUGGAGAGGCCUCUGGAACAUCCCCACAUACAGAGGGAAACUACGACGUAUAAUGGCCCAGUUUGGUCCAUAUGUGUGGGUGGACUAUGACUGGAAACCUCUGUCAUCCCUUGGACGCUGGUUUUCCAUGCUUGGGAUUAUUGCGAUAAUGACACUACUUAUAUCUUCUCUCACCCAGAUCAAACCAUACUUAGAAACACUGUAA